UAAAAAUAUAAAUAUUAUACAAAGAUGCUAAGACCAGUCAAAACCGAAAAGGAUGUUCAGGAGUAUAUGAAGGAGAGACACCUCGUGCAGAAGUGGAGAGAUGCCAUCACUCACUGCAAGACUAAACUUGACAUUGAACACACUGUUGACUUUGUUCUGGAAGAUGACCAGAGGAUGUCUAUAGAAAGAUGCCUCACAGAGGAUUAUCUACUCAAGCACGGGCUUGAUUACUUUGGAAAAAGAGACUACCUUGUAAUUGACAUGAUCGGGUCUAAAGAUAUUGCUCAUCUUCAGUAAUAG